AUGACGGAGAUCACCGAGAAGGAGAACGAGCCGCAGCACGGCCCCGAGGCGCAGCAGACGCCGGGCAGCGGCCCCAGCCUGCAGGAGACCAAGCUACAGCGUUUCAAGCGCUCGCUCUCACUCAAAACCAUCCUGCGGAGCAAAAGCGUUGAGAAUUUUUUCCUGCGUUCCAACAGCGAGUUCAAACUCCCCUCUGACGUGCUGCUCAGCCCCCCGGAUGCCGUACUGCCCCCAUCUCCGCCGCCAGCUCCUACGGAGGCAGACCAUUCUCCCAGGGCAACUCCCAGACCUCUGGUGCCCCUCAAGCCCAUGAAAACACACAGCUUCCAGGAGCACGUCUUCAAAAAACACAGCCCGUGUGAACUGUGCCACCAGCUCAUUGUAGGAAACUCGAAGCAAGGCCUGCGCUGCAAGACGUGCAAAGUUAGCGUGCAUCUGUGGUGUUCGGAAGAAGUUUCGCACCAGCAGUGCCCGGGCAAAACGCAGGCAACUGCCUUCCGACGCAAUCUGAGCUCUCCAAUGCUGGUACACGAGCCACAGCAACAGCCAGGAGCUACCAAGGAGUCACCCCCAGCAGCAGGCCCCAGUGGCAAAGUGGAUCCUAUUUACGAGACUUUGCGCUACGGCACGUCGCUGGCCCACUUGAAUCGUUCCAGUUUCAGCAGCACCUCGGAGUCCCCAACCAAGAGUCUGAACGAGAAAGAUGAAGUGACCGAGGACACAGAAGGUGGCAGGCAGAUGGCCGAGGAAAGUCAGGUUGAUAAUGUGUUCUCCACCCCAGCAGAGAGCGAAAGCACCACGUCGGAGGAAAAGAGCCCGGGGCAGCAGUCAGCUCGAGGCUCUGCUCGCAAGGAGGUCGCCCCCAUGUACUCAUACGUCGCCCUCUUCAAGUUUCUGCCUCAGGAGUACAACGACCUGCCCUUGAAGCCUGGAGAUCGAAUUAUGCUGGUGGAUGACUCCAAUGAGGACUGGUGGAAGGGGAAGAUGGGUGAUCGCUUGGGCUUCUUCCCCGCCAAUUUUGUGCAACGGGUUCGUCCUGGUGAGACAGUGUGGAGGAGCUGCAAGACUUUCUUUGGCAACAAGGAGCAGGGACAGCUGAGCCUGAAGGAAAACCAGAUCUGCGUUGGUGUGGGAAAGACCACCCAGAACGAGGGCUUCAUCAAGCGACUGACUCACCGCGUGACUGACCGCAACUUGGAUCGUUUCUCAGGGACUUUCCUCAGCCUGACACAAUUUGAACGGAGCUGA